GGGAGCUCGGGCUGGACAGAGCGUGGAGGAGAGGGGCCGCAGCCGCCCGCAGGACAGGCAGCGGGGAGAGAGCCCCAUCCCCCCCAGGCGCCCCGGGACCCCCCAGCCGGCUUCAGAAACCUGGGCCUGACUCGUCUGGCUGCCCUGAGACCCCAGUGGGGUCUUUCAGCUGUCUCCAGAGGCUGCACUGUGCCCAGCAACCAUGACGUGGAGACUCUACAAGCGGAACCAAGAACCCGUCACGGUUCCCGCCGCCACCAUGGCAGCCGUGCCUCCGGGGCCUCCCGGAGCCCCGGGCCCCGUGGGCCCGGCUGACAACUCCACCGAGACCACCGCGGGAGAGAGCAAGGGGGACAUGUUCGCCAAGUUGAAGGAGAAAUUCUUCAAUGAGAUCAACAAGAUUCCAUUACCGCCCUGGGCACUCAUUGCCAUCGCCGUGGUCGCCGGCCUCCUCAUCCUCACUUGCUGCUUCUGCAUCUGCAAGAAGUGCUGCUGCAAGAAGAAGAAGAACAAAAAAGAGAAGGGGAAGGGCAUGAAGAAUGCCAUGAACAUGAAAGACAUGAAAGGGGGCCAGGAUGAUGACGACGCGGAGAUGGGUCUGACCGAAGGCGAAGGGGAAGGGGAAGAAGAGAAGGAGCCGGAGAACCUGGGCAAAUUGCAGUUCUCACUCGACUAUGACUUCCAGGCCAACCAGUUGACAGUGGGAGUCCUGCAGGCAGCUGAGCUGCCCGCCCUGGACAUGGGAGGCACCUCGGACCCCUACGUCAAAGUCUUCCUCCUCCCAGACAAAAAGAAGAAGUACGAGACCAAAGUCCAUCGGAAGACGCUGAACCCCGCCUUCAACGAGACCUUUACUUUCAAGGUGCCCUACCAGGAGCUGGGGGGUAAGACCCUGGUGAUGGCCAUCUAUGACUUCGACCGGUUCUCCAAGCACGACAUCAUCGGGGAGGUCAAGGUGCCCAUGAACACCGUGGACCUGGGCCAGCCCAUCGAGGAAUGGAGGGACUUGCAGGGUGGGGAGAAGGAGGAGCCAGAGAAGCUGGGAGACAUCUGCACCUCCCUGCGAUACGUGCCCACGGCUGGCAAACUCACGGUGUGCAUCCUUGAAGCCAAGAACCUGAAGAAGAUGGAUGUCGGGGGCCUGUCAGAUCCGUACGUAAAGAUCCACCUGAUGCAGAAUGGCAAGAGGCUGAAAAAGAAGAAGACCACGGUGAAAAAGAAGACCCUGAACCCAUAUUUCAACGAGUCCUUCAGCUUCGAAAUCCCCUUUGAGCAAAUUCAGAAAGUCCAGGUGGUGGUCACGGUCCUGGACUACGACAAGCUGGGCAAAAAUGAGGCCAUCGGCAAAAUCUUCGUGGGCUGCAAUGCCACGGGCACGGAGCUGAGGCACUGGUCUGACAUGCUGGCCAAUCCCCGGCGACCCAUCGCCCAGUGGCACUCCCUGAAGCCCGAGGAGGAGGUGGACGCCCUUUUGGGAAAAAACAAAUAGAGGACACAGCGGGGCUCCCUGCAACCUGACAAACAUCUAAGUGAUCCAGAGCUAUCAAUACCUCAGUUAUGCAACUUUAGAGGUUUUUUUUUCCUUUGGUCUGUGGUGUGUCAUUUUCGUCUUGGUUUUUUUUUUAAGACAAACUCACCUUUGUUAGCUGUGCUAGGAGAGUCCCCAAAGAGGUGGAACUGAAGUCUGUCUUGUUUCAUUCUCUCUGGAGCUGCCCUUUGCUGCAUGACCCAUCCAUCCUCCACUGUUCAUUCAAAGCCUCAGUCGAAUCUCUCUCUUGGGCCCUCUUGAGGUAAAUUGAGAAAAUGGUGGCACUUCCUGUUAUCGGACUGUUCCGGAGCUCCGUGGUGAACAAACAAAAUGGCAGCACUUCCUUUUACCUGAAUGAUUUUCAAGCCUUAUGGUGAUGAACCAACAAAUGUGAACA